AGUUAGCAAGCACCUAUUACCCAAUAAACACCCUAAUCCGACUACUUCGAUUUCUGAUUCUUUUCCAUCUCGUCUUCCUUUGUGGUGAAACGACUAGAGAUUGUACGAUUUCACAAAACCCUAGAAAGGAUAGAACGAGAUGUCAAGCCGGAAACAUAGAGAUUCCGAUCGCGACAGGGAUAAGGAUUCAACCAAAGACUACAAGCAUCGAAGCAGCCAGCACUCUGAUGACCACCACCGCUCCAAACAAGAUAAACACCGAGACGCCGAUGGAGAUGAUCGACGUCGCAGGGGGGAACGCGAGAGAUCCGAAGAUGUUGAAGAUCGGGUUAAGCGUGAGAGGUCAUACGACAGAGAAGGCAGCAAAGAUAGGGAACCGAGAGAGAAAUCGGUGGAUAACAGACGGCAUCACAAUCACAAGAGGAAAGAUAGAGGUGGAGAGAGUGAUGAGGAGGAUCGGUAUUACGAUGCUCGCGAUAAACGAACUAGGGUUGCGGAUGAGAGGAAGGAGAGGCGGCGGUUUGAGGACAAAGUUGCCGCUGCUGAGGAUGACAGAGACAGAGAAGAGAGGAAAGAGAGGAGGAAAUUUGAGGAUAAAGUUAAGAAAGAAGAGACCAGUUUUAUUGAUAACGAUGAAGAUAAACUGCAACAAGAGAAAUCAAACGGGGAAACAAUGACAACGACGAAGAGCGAACCUAAAGAUGAAUACAAUGGUGGUUCCAAUGCCAAUGGUGGUGCACAGGGAUCACGCAGUAAGGCAUAUGGAACCCCACAUGAGACCCCUUUGGCAUCCAGCCACCCUCCUCUUCCUCCUCCUCCUAAGGUAUCUUCAAUUUCUACCAAACAUGAAAAUGAAGGAGUUAAUAGUAACAGAUCUCAUGAGGUUCCUGGGAAAUCCAGUACAGAUGGGACUUCUACAGAUGCUGGCAAGAGUGGAGGCAUCUCUCUCGAUGCCUUAUCUAAGGCCAAAGCAACUUUACUGAAGCGAAAGGAGCUUGCAGAGAAGAUGAAGAAGAUCCCCAUGUUAAACAAGGUUGCAGAUUCAGCAAGAGAGGGACUGAAAGCUCCAUCUAGUUCAGGAUUACCCCCUCCUCCACCACAAUCUGUAACUGCUAAUGCUGCCCCACUUGGUGGAGGGCUGCCCCAACUUGCAGGACUAACUGCCCCAAAAUUUGAAGCUGUAAAACGGGCACAAGAACUUGCUGCAAAGAUGGGUUUCAGACAAGACCCGGAAUUUGCUCCACUUAUAAACAUGUUCCCAGGACAGCUGGCACCAGAGGUGACUGGUCAACCUAAGCCUGCAAAAGCUCCUGUUCUUCGUUUGGAUGCAUUGGGUAGGGAAGUAGAUGAAAAUGGCAACGUGGUAAAUAUACCAAAGUUAAACAACCUGAGCACACUUAAAGUUAACAUUAACAAACAGAAGAAAGAUGCAUUCCAGAUUCUGAAACCAGAAUUAGAAGUGGACCCUGAUAAAAACCCUCACUUUGAUCCACGAAUGGGAAUAGAUAAAACCAAGCUUUUGAGACCUAAAAAGAUGACCUUUCAGUUUGUUGAGGAAGGCAAAUGGGCUAAAGAGGCCGAAAUCAUUAAGUUGAAGAGUCAAUUUGGUGAAGCACAAGCUAGAGAGUUCAAAGCAAAACAAGCACAUCUUGCUAAGGCUAAAGCUGAACCUGAUAUCAACCCAAAUCUCAUAGAAGUAGCUGAGAGAAUUAUCAUCAAAGAAAAGCCGAAAGACCCUAUUCCUGAUAUUGAGUGGUGGGAUGUGACAAUUCUUGAACCUGGUACUUAUGGAAACCUGGAAGAAGGCGGGCCACCAGAAGACAUACUAAAAAAAGAGAAGAUAACUUUAUACCGAGAACACCCCCGCCCAAUCGAGCCGCCAGCCGAACCGGCCCCGCCGCCACCUCAGCCCUUAAAACUCACUCAAAAAGAACGCAAAAAGCUCCGCACUCAACGCCGCCUAGCCACUGAAAAAAACCGGCAAGAAAUGAUCCGCCAAGGCCUUCUAGAACCCCCAAAACCCAAAGUCAAAAUGAGCAACCUCAUGAAAGUCCUCGGCUCAGAAGCCACCCAAGACCCCACCCGCCUCGAAAUGGAAAUCCGAAGCGCCGCCGCCGAACGCGAACAAGCCCACGUCGACCGCAACAUCGCCCGAAAACUAACCCCCGCCGAACGCCGCGAGAAAAAAGAACGCAAACUUUUCGAUGACAAUAAUACCCUCGAGACGAUUGUGUCCGUGUAUAAAAUCAACGACCUUUCACACCCGAAGAAUAGGUUUAAAGUUGACGUGAACGCACAGGAGAAUCGGUUGUCGGGGUGUGCGGUGAUUUCGGAGGGUAUUUGUGUGGUUGUGGUGGAGGGCGGGGUUAAAUCGGUAAAAAGGUAUCAGAAGUUGAUGUUGAAGAGGAUAGAUUGGAGUGCGGCUGUGGAAGAUGAGAAUAUGGAGGAGGAUGAUGGCGAUGAUGGGGAUGUGAAGGUGAAGAAUAAGUGUGUGUUGGUGUGGCAAGGGAGUGUGGCGAGACAGAGUUUCCAUAAGUUUUUGGUGCAUGAAUGUAGGACUGAGAAUGCGGCUCGAAGGGUGUUUUCGGAUGCCGGGGUUGGACAUUAUUGGGAUUUAGCCGUUAAUUUUACAGAUGAGGUGUGAUUUGGAUCUUUUUUGGUUUGUGUGAUGAGUAUAUGUUGUUGAAGGUCCAAAACUGGGAGAGAUGAGAUAGACUUGAAGCAAAUUUGAUGUUAUGUUGAAUAAUAGACUUAUUUUGUCAAUGAUCUUAUCUCAGUCGUUAUUAUUGCUUCAA